AUGGCACUAAUAUACUUAUGUGUACUAUUUCUGUUCCUUUUUGCAGCGAAAGUCAACGCUGGCUCCCGAUCUUCGAUUGCGCCUCGACAAGACGGCAACGUACCCGAUAAUCAUACAUUGACUGGAUGGACCAACGAAGCCAUCUUCACAUUAGUUGGCGUGUGCGUAGCUGUGGCCGGUAUCUUAAUCGGAUUGGCCUCUUCGCCUAAACUGCGGCAGUGGGUGUGCAAACCAUUCAAAUCAUCUGACAUCAAACUUCCCACAGACUUCUCAAGGACCAGACGAAUAGAAAGAUCACGAAAGCGUAUGGACGCUAGACGACAGUUGCAAGAUGAGUAUAACGAGUAUCUCAGGUUUAAUGAUUUUCUGGAGUUGCGGGGAGGGAUUACGAGUUCCAUGUCUUCGUACCAUGGUUCAGCUACGUUGACUCAUGCACACUUCCAUCCAUCAAACUAUACAGCCAGUCACAAAACCCUUAUACUUUCACAACAAAGUCAGCAGUCGACUCAGCGCACUGCUCGAGCACUCAACACGUCGUCAAACACCACCUUCACCAAAACCAACACCACCAGCAACAUCAUGCCAUUUCCAACUUCCGCUGCACCCACAGCACACUCCCACAUCCAAUUCGGCGCAACACCCCACCGAGCAUCUGUACCACGCCACCCGUCAUCCUACAAACACAGCGUGCACUCAACUCGCUCAAACCAGUCCACGCACUCUACCCAACCGGCAGCGUCUCCAACUCAAAAUAUGACGCGGUCCUCGUCGUCGACGAAACCAACCCAAAACUUCACAGACAUCCUGUCACAUCAACAGCUGAAGUCCAUGUCUGAUCUUGACAAAGAGGAAGAAGCAAGGCUGGCAAAGACACAUCGUGCCAAGGCGGUCAAGAUGGGUGUCGGGAUCUGUCGGUGGGUUGGGAAGUUGGCUAGUACAAAGGGGAAGAACGGAGGUGGGGAUAAAAAGGGUGAGGUGGUUAAAUAGAAGGCGCGGGUACGGGAAAGGGGGGGAAUGAUGUAUGGACGAGAUACAAGUGUCGAAAUGCACAUAUUCUCUAUACGAACUCCGAUUUCUCAAGUCAUAUGUAUGUGUGACAAUGGCUUUUAAAUUUUAUGAAGUUGGUGACGUUGCAUCGCGCAAGAGAAACAGCAAGAACAUGUUUCGGGGUCUCUUCAAGAAACUCGCGUAAUAUUGUACAGCGACCGUCCUUUUCGACAAGAUAACCAGACAAGGAGAUCAUAACGACAUGAAACAGGGUAUGUGACGAAACCAGUACAGAAAACGAACAGUAUGACUUGUGACUAAACCAGAUAUACACCGAAAGUAGAAG